CGAGGAAAUAAUGACGCUUUUAUCCAGAGUGACUUACCGUUGCUCAGAGGUCGCGCGCCUUUUGGAGCAACGAGGGGUUAAGUGUCUUGAUCAGCGACACAUUAGUGGACGUGUCACAGUCGGGAAUUGAACCCAAAGGCAUGCGUCUGGUCCACUGCUCCAUCACCACCCAAUGACAUCACAUCUUAGACUUAGAGAGAUUUUUAUCACUGAUCGAGCAGCGGGUGAAAUUUGGUGGGGAUUCACAGUGAUGUCAGACAAACACCAGCUGUUUCUGUGCUGCAGCCGUGAGGCCGAGCUGUGGGACUGGAUCACCGGCUUCCUCAAAGCUCAGAACGACGACCCGGGCCCUCCGGUGCUGAGGCGCCACUCCUCGUCAGAUAUCUCCAAGCAGAAGUUCGGCACGAUGCCGCUCGUCCCCAUCAGAGGAGACGAGAGCAACAGCAGCAUGCUGUCGGCCAAUCAGACGCUGGUCAGGCUGCGCUCCUUCCAACCUUUGAGCGUGAUGAUGACUUCCUGUGGAGAAAUCUAAUCAAAGACGAGCCGCUGACAAAAAUAAAACAAAUUUAAACACGAAUUUAACACAAUAAAACAGGAAAAACCAAAA